CGGAGGACCCCAGCGACGGCCUUGGCAUAGGACCGGGCGGACGCGGCGGCCGCAACGGGCUCUGAGAGUGAUUACGCUGGUUGUCCGCGGGAAGCGUUUCUCUGGUCUGGCUGAUUGUGGUGCAGCGGGCACCAUGUCUGUGAGCGAGAUUUUCGUGGAGCUGCAGGGCUUUUUGGCUGCCGAGCAGGACAUCCGAGAGGAAAUCCGAAAAGUUGUACAGAGUUUAGAACAAACGGCCCGAGAGAUUUUAACUCUACUGCAAGGGGUUCAUCAGGGUGCUGGGUUUCAGGACAUUCCAAAGAGGUGUUUGAAAGCUCGAGAACAUUUUGGAACAGUAAAAACACAUCUAACGUCUUUGAAGACCAAGUUCCCAGCUGAACAGUAUUACAGAUUUCACGAGCACUGGAGGUUUGUGUUGCAACGCUUGGUCUUCUUGGCAGCAUUUGUUGUGUAUUUGGAAACAGAAACACUAGUGACUCGAGAAGCAGUUACAGAAAUUCUUGGCAUUGAGCCAGAUCGGGAGAAAGGAUUUCAUCUGGAUGUUGAAGACUAUCUUUCAGGAGUUUUAAUUCUUGCUAGUGAACUGUCAAGACUGUCUGUCAACAGUGUGACUGCUGGAGACUAUGCCCGGCCCCUCCAUAUCUCCACCUUUAUCAAUGAGCUGGAUUCUGGGUUCCGCCUUCUCAACCUGAAAAACGACUCCCUGAGGAAGCGUUAUGAUGGCUUGAAGUAUGACGUGAAGAAAGUAGAGGAGGUGGUCUACGAUCUCUCCAUCCGGGGCUUCAAUAAGGAGACGGCAGCAGCUUGUGUUGACAAAUAGGAGGCUCUCCUGGCUCCUGGCUGUGCUGAGCUCAGCGGUUUGCCAGGGAGGGCCGAGCACAGAGUGCCUCGUUUGGUAGUUAGGAUGCCCAGUUGCUAAACACUGCGCUUUAUUUUCUUAACCAGUUGUGUGGUGUGAAAAUCAGAAUUGAAACACUUUUUUGGAGGUAAAAAAUUAGCCUUUACAUGGACAGAAUUUUUGUUGUUGUUGCAGUGAAUUUGCUCUGUAAUUCAGUGUACUUCAGUUUUGUUAAAAGUAUAAAUGUCAGUCUCUUGGUAAAGUUCUUUUCUUGCUUACCCUGACUGUUGCUGUAUUGAUCGACAAGUUCAUAGUAUUGGUUGUGAUUCUUUCAGAUGUGAAAGUUUGAUGUUUUCUAUAUCCAAGUUAGCCAUUUAUACCCAGGUGUAGCCUGGGUAGAGUAUAAAAAUAGAUCAUUAAAAAGAAUGGUUACCAA